AUGGGGAUGACUGGUGUUGGAAAGUCUAGUUUCAUUGAGCACUGUACUAAACUACCAGAACGACUCUCGAGCAAUGGACUGUUUUCGUGCACUAGCCGUGUGUCGAUACAUACCACAGUAGUUCAAGGCCGUACUGUACAUCUCUUGGACACACCUGGGUUCAAUGACAGUCGGCAGUCUGAUGGCAAGGUGUUGCAGGAAUUGGCAUAUUGGUUAACAGCUGCCUAUGAGAGAGACAUCAGACUUAGCGGUAUCAUCUAUCUCCAUUGCAUCACGAACAACCGUCUUCCAGGCACCGCCGUGCGGGCAUUAGAUGCUUUCAAGAAGAUGUGUGGAACGGAGGCAUUCAAAGGAGUGAUCCUUGCAACAACUAUGUGGGACAUGGUUUCCGUGAAAGACCUGGCCAAGGCCGAGAAGAGACAUGAAGAGUUUUAUGAAAAAGUUCGCCACGAUAUUAUCGAACACGGUGGUAAAUUAGUCAGGCUAUCAGCUGUCGAGAUUGAUGCUGUAAAGAUUCUUCGUCAUAUUGUUCAAAAGAAUCGAAGACUUACCCUGAGAUUCCAGCGGCAGCUAGUAGAUGAGAACCUACUGAUCUAUGAGACAGAAGCUGGGCAGGUACUAUAUGAAGAUCUUCAUAAACGCUAUCGGUCAUUACAAGUGAUGGCAGACGAGGCUCAUCGACAAAUGGACGAGAUUGUUAGUACUGGGCGAAGAGAGGCAUUGCGCGAGCUUAGCGAAGUCACAUCCGAGAUGGCUGAAGACAUUCGACUGGUUGAAGAAGACAUUGAGCGUACAAAAGUAGCGUUUGGAGGUAUCCGGGAAAAAUGGGAGAAAAUCAUAGACCGAGAUGAUCAAAGUCUCAUUUUGACUGCACAGAAUAUCGAGCAGGAAUUUGAGAGGGAAAAUAGCUACAAAGGAGAUGGCGAGGAAGCUACGACGACCAGCAUUCAUAAAUUGGCACCUCCAUUAAGCGAAACUUCCAGAACCUCCAGUACCGAAACGUUUUCUAGCCUCGCAUCCCAAGAGACUAUGGCACAAAAGCUACACGAUCUCGAAAAAGAGCGGCAAGCAAUUUCCAUACGAAUCGGACAAAGACUAAGCAGAAGAUACACAGCCCAAACACGAGGAGCAACAACAAUGAGCGUUAUAGGCACCACUUUGGCAGCUGGUCAGCUCAUUGCAGCAUUGGCCUGUGUUGUAAUGUAA